GGUAAAAAAGUAAAUGAAAUUUCAUUUCAAUAUAAUUUUUAAUUUUCAUUAAAAAUAUAUAUUUGAAAUAAGUAUUCACUAAAACGGUUAUAAGCGGAUUUGGAUUAUAUUUAUGAUGCAAGCAUAUCGCGAUAAUUUCAAACAAACACCUUGCCCUUCGAAUUUGGAACAAGCACCACCACCCCCUUCCUCCCAAAAAGUCGUUUUACCAUUUUCAAAAGGCACCAACAAUCGUAGCCGUAGGUGUUAAUAACGAUUAUAAUACGAAUGGUUCAAUAACCGGGUGCCGGUGCUGCAACAGUAACAACUCCCAGAAUGCUAAGUCCCACACCUUCGGAAAAUCCGGGCAAUAAUCCCUCAUCGACGUCAGCUUUAUUGCGACAAAAUCAAGAGUUUGCGACAAAACGUUUAGCCGAGGAAGCGAAUAGCUAUCGUCGACGUUUGGACACCUAUAAACAGGCUCAACAGAAUCAGGCUACUAGUGAGUCGUUUUUGCAGUCGAAAAUUCAACAAUAUCGUCAACGUUGGAGUGAUUUGGAGGAUCGUAUGCAGGAAACUAUUAAACCGGUUACAACACAUGUCAUACGCCAAAAAUUACCAACUGGACCAACAUCGAGUCAGGUUAUGUGUUCAACUUCAUUAACUUUGGGGCACUCUAGCCAACCAUGUUCCUCCUCGUUAGAAACACCACCCUCACCACCGACCUGUGGAGGUGCUGGACGAGAUUUUGUUAUACACGAAGAUAGCAGUGAAUUGUGUCGUAAAUUGGAAGAUGAACAUAAAACUGAACAGCUUUUGGCCCAAAAUAAUGCCCUACGUCAACAGCUAAUAGAAUCGAAUCGUACGAAUGAGGCUUUAACGAAUGAUUUGCAAAAACACAAUGAUUGGUCGAAUUUGAGAGAUGAACUGAUGGUCAAGGAGGAUGAGUUUAAAGAAGAAGAGCAGGCCUUCAAAGACUAUUACAACAGUGAGCACAAUCGUCUUUUGAAAAUGUGGCGUGAAGUUGUGGCCGUUAAGCGGGCCUUUAAAGAUAUGCAAACCGCCAUGAAGAAUGAAGUAGCCAAAAUGGGUUUGGAAGUCAAUGGGGCGGCCAAGGACAUAAAUUCGACUUGCGGAAAUGUAGCCUUUAAUAUGCAACAAUUAAAACGAGCCGCCGAUGAACAACUCGCUCAAGCUAAACGUGAAAACGAUGAGUUGCAAAAUCAAUUGGCCACUCUAAAAGUGCAACAUGAAAGUGCUAGACACGAGAUUUUGGAACGUGAUCAACGCCUAUUAGAUCUAGUUAAUCAAUUGAAAAAACUCGAAGAUAGAUGUGCACAAGCUGAAUCACAAGCCAUGUUAGCCAGUCGUUAUAAUGACGAAAUUGAACGUUUAAACAGUUCAAUACGAGAGAUAGCACAAGCUGUGGUCUUAGAUGCUGAGAUAGCAGAUCGAGAACAAGCUGCUGAUGCAGCAACGUCAUCAGGUGGUGCUGAUGCAACAGCAGGUUCAAUGCAGCACAUGCAUUUAACGCGUGAUACUACAUCGUCAGCAUCAGCAAAAUCGCCUAGACGUUCUUCGGCACGAGCCUCGCAGGCAUUUGCUGAGGGAACUAUAUCUGCUGUGCAAGCAGCUUUGCACAAAUAUCAAUUGGCUUUGCACGACAUGCAAGUCAAAUACCAAAAUGCAAAUGAAAAUCUACGCUCCACCAAGACACAGUUGGACACCAGUGAGGGUACCAAAGCCUUGUUGACUUCUAAGAUACAACAGCUAACAGAAAAAUUAGAUGCCAGUAAUUCCAAACUAUCGGAAUUGUUGAAAGAACGUGAUAGUCUGCAAAAAACUUUGGACGAGAUAAGAGAUCAAAAACAGCAGUCUGAUCAAGGAAAGGCAGAAAUAAAUAAUGCGUUUGAAAACUUAAGUGUAGACUUUGAAAAGUUGCAGUUUAAUUAUGGUAAACUGCAAAAGAAAAUCGAUGCCUUGGAGGAGGACAAAAAGGCAGUGGAAUUGGAGAUACAAAGAAUUUUGAAAGAUAAAAACAUAACAGAAUUGAAUUUAAGAGCCGAAGAAGAUCGUGGCAGUCGUUUGAGAGAGGAGACAAUAUCCUUAAGAGAGGAAUUAAAUCGCAUUAGUUUAAAUCGUGAUUUACUCGAACAACAGCGCAUUGAAUCUGAUAAUAUAAUUAAUUUACUGGAAAAACAAAAAGCCGAUUUAGAAUAUGAUCUAGAUAAGAUACUUUUGGAAAAAUGUGAUCUUCAAGAACGUUUGGAAAAGAUAUCCAGCAAUAGCUCUUCCACCACGGAUGAGUUGAAAAUCCUACAGCACAAUAUCCAUGAGGUGCAAGAAGAACGCAAAAAAAUGGCCCAACAAUUGCAAGAUCAAACAAAUGAAUUGGCCGAUGUACGCAAAGAGUUAAGUAAUUUGGAUAAGGUACGUUUGGAGUUGGAAACCGAUAAUUUGGGUUUCAGUGAAAAAGUGAAAUGUUUACAAAUGGAAAAGGAGAAAAUAUUACAAGAUCUGGCAUGUCUUACUAGAGAUCGUAGUGAUAUACACAAUCAGUUAACGGCAUUGUGUCGUAAAAAGGAGUCAUUGAAUGAGGAAUUAAUGCGCACCCGCCAGAGAUUAGAACAAACUACCGAGACGAAUAAUCGUCUUAAUCGUAAUCUAGAGGAAAUGGUUAAAGAUGUCGAAGAAAAACAAGUUGUCAUCGAUUUACAUGAAAAGGAAACGCAUCGUUUGCAGGAACUAUUGGCAGCUUUACGCUCGGAAAAAGAAUCUCUAGAUGCUGUACUGUUCGAUACCAACUCCAACUUAGAAGCCACCGAAGAACGAAGAGCCCAAAUCGAAAAAGAACUACAAGAAGCCUUAGUGCGAGAAGAAUCAUUGAAAAACAAUGUGGCACGCCUACAAAAAGACCUAGAACAAUGUCAACGUCGAGCCCAAGAAACGAAAACUCAGCUAAUCAAUGCUGCCCGUGAAGCUGAAAAUGAUUUCAAUCAAAAGAUUGCCAAUCUUAAAUCAACAGCCGAAGAGACGACCAAAAAUCAUGCCGAGGAAUUAUUACAAUUACGUAGUAGUUUAGAGAAGCGCAUGCAACAGGCUUUGCAAGCUCUUCAAACGGCCAAAGAUGAUGAAAUUGAAAAGCAACAGGAGCGUUUGGAUGCUCUACAAACGCAUAUGGAAAGUUUGAUACAGCAACACGAAGAGGCAUUGAUUCGUGCCGAAAAUGAGAAGCAACAAGCUUUACUGAUAGCUCAUCGUGAUAAACAGGCCAUACAAGAGAAAUUAGAAGCGGUGGCAAGAGAAUUGAAGAAUGAACAGGAUGGCUUAGAGCGGGCCAAGCGAGAACAUAAUGCACGAGAUGAGAAACAACGUUCCGCAAUAGCCCAACUUAAAGAUGAAAUAGUUGCCAUGAGAACUAAAGAAGAAGAGCAAAAAAUUAAAUUGGAAGAUUGUAUACGUAAACAAGAAAUACAGAUGAAUGCUCUAAGAGAAGAAAGAGAUAAUCUUCUAAGGCUUAGCGAUGAAUUGAAAAUGGAUAUAAGACUUAAAGACGAUAAAGUAGAAUCGAUAACGAAUGAACUGCAAGAAACUCUGAGAAAGGCCAAAGAGGGUGAGGGUUAUAUAGAGAGUUUGCGUAAAGACUUGACCGAUACCAGAAGACAAUUGGCUGAUAGCAAUAUCGAACGUGACAAGUACUCUGACAGCAAUAAAGAACUGAGAGAUCAUGUGAAACUAGUGGAAAGCUCUAAACGUGAGCAGGCUAGAGCUAUAGAGGAAGCUUUGCAGAAGAUAAGCAAUUUGGAGGAGAGUAAAAAUACUUUGGAAAAUGAGCGUACACGUUUGACAACAGUACUCAAAGAGACUGAAAAUAAUUUAUCUAAAACCAGCCAAGAACUAAAUAGCACCAGAAAUACUCUGCAAAAGACCCAAGUAGAGUUUGCCCAAAAGGAUGAAGGUGGCAAAGAGCUGCAGAAUAAACUAGCCUCAGAGACAGAGCUAAAAGAAAGGGCACAACAGGAACUGAAUCAAGUGAAAAAACAAUUGGCCGAUUUGGAGGCAAAUCUUUGCGCUACACGACAAGAAUUGGGCAGAGCUAGAUGUCAUUCCAAUCAGGAGGAGCAUCGUUUCCAUAAUCGGGAACAGGAAUUGGUAGCUCGCAUUGAAGAGGCCCGCGGUCGGGAAAAACGUUUAGAAGAUCAAAAACAUAAUUUGGAAGUGUGUUUGGCAGAUGCUACACAACAAAUACAAGAACUAAAGGCUCGCCUAGGAGGCGCAGAAGGACGUAUCCGUGCUUUAGAUGAACAAUUAGCCUGUGUUGAGUUACACAAGCGUGAGACCGAACAUAAGUUAAGUUCAGUUAUUCACACUCUUCGACGUAUCGCUGGCAUACAAAUCGAUGGCAGCGUUAAUCUUUCACAUCGUCUGGUUAGUCCAUCUCGACGCUUCUCUCCGGUACGUAGUGUUUCAGGAGGUGUGGCUCCUAGUUGUCAUGAUUUUGAAACCCGCAGUACUUCCCACUGUCCCGAUGGCCCGGCCUUAGAUUGUGAUCCCGACCUUAUACGGAAGGGUGUUAGAUGUCUUAUGCAUCAAGUGGCUCAAAUCGAAAGAGAGAAAGAUGAUUACAAAAUGCAACUUUUGACAGCCAAGAAACAAUUGCAAGACGCUGGUGAACAGCAAUUGAAGUGUGAUUCUAAAGUUUCCAAACUUCAACAGAUGAUACGUCAUCUUCAGCAGGAGAAGAGCAAUCUUGAUACAGAGCGCAGCAUGAAGGUAUCAGCUCUAAAUGCCUUGGAAGAUAAAUUGCAUAAAAAACAAGAUGAAUGCCAACAACUAAGAGAGAAACUGGCUCAAACUGAAAUGCAGCUAAACUCAUGCACCGAAGAGAAUUCCCAAAAUGAAGAUCGUUUAGAGAAGUGCAGGCAACAUGGCGCCAAAUUGGAGAAUGAAAAACGACAUCUUCAAGAAGAGUUGGCUAAAAUCGAAGGCCGAGCCACAAAGUUGGACUUGCAAAGGGUAGCCCUAGAGGGAGAUCUUACUCGUUUACAAAUGGCUUUGCAAGAGAAAGACUGCAAUAUACGCCAGGCUCAAGAACGUUUAGAUAACCAAAAUAGAGCCAUGGUACAAUUGGAAGAUAGAUGUGCUUCAUUGAAAACGGCCUUAGAUCAAAUGAAAGAGAGAUUGCAAAGAGCGGCUGUAGUAGAAGCUGAGCUAAGAGGUGAGCUAAAGACUGCUCACAAAGAAUUAACGGACCAAGGUCAUAGUUCCCAAACAAAUGAAGAUAAACUGAAGUUAUUGCAAAAAUCUUUACAAACAGCCGAAAAUGAAAAACGCAUUUUAGGCGAACGACUAGAAAAAGCGCAAUCUUCAAUUAAUGAACUCAGACGAGGACAACAGGCUCAACUGGACAGUGCUCAACGUUUACAAGAUCAGGUCAACGACUUGGAAGUACAAAGAUCAGCCUUAGAAUCACAAUUACGUAUUGCAAAAUGGAAUCAAGAAUCAGGUGAUAAAAAUACUGGUACUAAUGGUCGUAAUGAAGAAGAUGAACUCAAUCGACAGCUAAAAUCAUCACAAAGAGAAAAAUCUGAAUUACGCACCAAACUGCAGGUAUUGCAGGACAAGGUUAAACAAUUAGAGACAGAACGCAAAAGUAAAUUCUCUGGUGACAGUGUUUAUGAUCGAUCUGAAAAGGCGGGAGGUGGUGGUCCAAAUACAUCUUCAUCUUAUUAUGAUGGCAAUUAUGACUCUAAUCGUUUGGACACAAAUAAUGCUGGCAAAAGCGAUAAUUAUCUAAAAAGCUCUAGCGCAGCAGGUGUUGGAGGAACAUUUAAUUGUGGCUUGGACCAUGCUGUUAUUGAACAUGAAAAUCGUGAUUUACGCUUGAAAGUGAGACGUUUGGAGACCCUUUUAGCGGAAAAAGAAUCCGAAUUGGCACGUUGUAAAGCUCGCAUUCAUGAUAGUGCCAAGUGUAUGGAUGGCUUAGAUUCCGACCGCUAUAGAAGUGCUCAAAUGCAUGCUGAAAAACUAUUGGAUGCCCGUGAACAGGCUCAUAGGCAACAAGUGUUACGUUUGGAGAAUCAGAUCUCUAUGCUGCGAGAACAAUUGGCGCAGGAGGCAAAACGCCGUCAGCAGUAUAUUUUACGUAGCUCGAAAGCCAAUCGUGAAAUGCAACAUUUACGCAAUACUUUAGGUGACAGUUUACGUCAUGUUUCACAGCAUCCUUUGGAUCCAAAUCUUUUGGAAAGUGAAUCUAGAAGAUUAGAUAAUGCUGUUUCAAUGAGUUUACCACCAUCCACCUGCAGAGAUUAUGAAAGGGAUUAGAAAAGAAUUUUCAAGCCAAAUUCAAUGUAACAAGCACCAAACAAUUAUCAAUAACAACUGCCAUAUUCCUACCAAUAUUAGAAAAACUAAUGCAUUUAUUUUAAAAUGUUAAUUAAAAAUAUAUAAAAUGAGUUUUAACAGAAUUUGCACAGAACCGAAACAAAUCUCAAAUACAAUUUAAACUUAAGUAAAAAACCUUAACUCUAGUCAAGACACCACACAUUUAUUAAUAUUUUUAAAACAAUAAAAGUUUUUUUACACCCAACUCAUAUUUGAACUCAUUAUACAAAAAGAAAACACCAACACAUUAACAUCCUGAAAUAAAUCCUUAAAGAAGGCUUAUCGUUGUCUGCUUAGAAAGACAAUCGUAUAUAGUGUGUUCAAUACAAUAGGAAAUUAAAACAAAUCUUAUUUUAAUUUUUAGUUUGUUUUUUCCCAGAAAUACUGUUACGGUUCUCCUGUUUAAAAAAGAGAACAACGUUUUACAGUUACACUUUAAUUAUGAACAAGAAAAAAUCAACAUUUUUAUAUACUUUUUUAUUUAUUUUAUACUUUAAACCUGUGUUAAGCACUAAAUUAUUAAAAUAAUUUGUGUUAAAGAAGGAUCAUUAA